AUGAAUAUACGUCCUCUGUCUCCCGAAUUGGCAGAAAAAGCUCGCUUAGAGCUCAAUGAAGACCCGAAGAGAAUACAAAGUGAUAUAGAACACAUUAAGGAAUGGAUUGCUAAGCAACCCCAUUUACGAGCAAGAACAGAUGACCAAUGGCUUUUAACAUUUUUACGGGGUUGUAAAUAUAGUUUAGAAAGAACUAAAGAGAAGAUAGAUCUUUAUUACUCUUUUCGGACGUUGGCGCCUGAAAUGUUUUUGCAAAGAAAACACACUGAUACUGUAUUUCAAGAAAUUCUAGCUUCAGGAUCCUGCCUUGUUCUGCCGAAGAAAGCUUCGCCGGUUGCUCAAAGUGUCCUCAUUGGCAGACCUGGAGUUCUUGACACUGAAAAAUACAAAGUUACAGACUUUAUGGCCGUUACUAAUGUGAUGCAGAAGAUAAUGUUGCUAGAAGACGACAAUACAGUAGUAGCGGGUGCACGAUUUGUAAUGGACUUUGAAAAUGUUAACAUGGCAUUCUUCUUUCAAAUGACUCCAACGUUAAUGAAGAAAAUGUCUGUCUACUCCCAGGAAGCGGUCCCACUGCGGUUUAAAGGUGGCCAUUAUAUUAACGUGGGAAGUGGCUUUGAGACAAUUUAUAAUAUGAUGAAGAGAUUCUUGAACGAGAAAACUAAGAGCAGGUUGCACGUUCAUAACAAAAACUAUGAAGAGAUGUAUCAACAUAUACCAAAAGAAAUUUUGCCUGUUGAAUAUGGUGGCAGCGGUGGUACCAUCGCUGAAAUAGUUGAAUAUUGGCAGAAAAAGAUAGCUGAAUACAGCGACUGGUUGGAGGAAGACUUGCAGUUUGGAACUGACGAGUCCAAACGUCCUGGAAAACCGAAAUCGGCAGAGGAAAUGUUUGGCCUCGAUGGCUCAUUCAGACAAUUGGAGUUUGACUAA